CCGGGCUAGUCAGUCGGCCGCGCAGCUCGGUGCGCGACGUUCGUGCGCGGAGGGCCUCGCUUGCGUCCCUCACGACCUCGGCCCGCCCUAGCCGCGAGUGCGAGCGGGACAGCACCUCGCAGAGAGAGGAAACGGUGAUAGAGAGAGACGACGCUAUGGCAGUGUCGCAACCUCGCCCACCUGACCGUGUUGACGCCGCGCUCGAAAAAGUUGCGCCGUUGCGCUAUUUGGAGGCGCACGAAUGUGCCCGCUCCGACUCAGUGACGCGUUAUUAUCAUAAACCCUUGUCUUAAAAAACAGUUUAUUGAGUUAUUGGAAGUGAAUUCAGCACAAUAUUGAAGAUUUCGACGCUAUUUAGCAGAAAAUCAAUCGGUUGGAGUGUGAUGGGCGGCUGAGCAGCCAUGAUGAAGCGCUCCGGUCCUCGCCUGGGGCCCGACGAGCAGUCGCCGUUGCCCCCCAACUCCGCUCAGAUCCAGCAGCCCGGAUCGAGCAACAUGCAUACUCUAGCCCAGCAGUCGGCACAACCACAAAUGUUAGGAGCGACAGCAAUGAUGGCUGUCGGUGGUGGCUUCGGUCGCGGCCCGGCGCGUGCCGGCACGCCCGCCGUCAUCAACUAUUUGAAGAGCAACGCGGUGCCUUACGCACCCAAACAACCGCCUAAUGUACCACCAAGGCUGAAGAUUGUAAGCCAGCCGCCACUACCCAUGCAGGGUCGUCAGUCCCCUGGCCUGGCGGCGCCGCUCCCCGCGCCGCCGCCCGGCCAGUUCCAGCGCUUGAAGGUGGAAGACGCGCUGUCAUACCUGGACCAGGUCAAAUACAAGUUCAACACGAUGCCGCAAGUCUACAACGACUUCCUGGACAUUAUGAAGGAAUUCAAAAGUCAGACUGUCGGUUACAGGAUCGACACGCCGGGGGUCAUCACCCGGGUAUCGAACCUGUUCAAGGGCCACCCGGAGCUGAUUGUGGGGUUCAACACCUUUCUGCCACCGGGGUACAAGAUUGAAGUUCAGAGCAAUGGACAGGUGUCGGUGUCCAUGCCAUCGCCCACGGGCGCAGGCGGCAUGGGCGGAGUGGGCGGCAUGGGCGCGGGCGUGGGCGGCGGCGUCAUGAUGGGCGUCCACCAUCCCUCUCCUCAAUCACAACUCGUCCAUUUGCUGCCGGUCCCGCCGUCCGUCAGUACAGCGAUAGUUCACAACCUGUCGGUGAACGCGCCGCCGGCGAAUACGCUGCAUCAUAUAUCGCAAGCGCACCAACAGAUUGAGGCCGCCGCAAUACAUCAUCCCCCUGUUAUUUUUUCAACAGGAAGCGUGCCUAGCACCGGCGGCGGCCACACCGCCACGGCGGGACAACCCGUGGAGUUCAACCACGCUAUCGAAUAUGUGAACAAGAUAAAGUCCCGCUUUUCGCGGCAACCGGACAAAUACAAGAGAUUUCUGGAAAUCCUCCACGCCUACCAACGUGGACAUCGAGACGUCAAAGAACCACAAGCUAAACAGCAGACUGAACAAGAAGUCUACUCGCAGGUGGCGAAACUGUUUGAAAACCAAGAUGACCUGUUGGCGGAGUUUGGUCAAUUCCUGCCCGACGCCAAGGCGGUGACGAAACCGACCCACAUGCCGCAUUCCAGGUCCCCGCCGCCACAGCCGCGUCAAGAAAGAGAGAGCGAGACGGAGCGCUUCCCCAGCGCUUCGCCACCACAGGUGCCGCUCGUGUCACACACGGCACACUCUACCCCCGCUCCGCACUCUAUACACCACCAUCCACAGCAAGUGUCUAAGCACACCAGUACAAGUGUACAGCCACCGCAGCAUCAUCAUCUCAAGAGAUCACCCAGUUUUGGAUCCUCUACGCAGAUUGCAGCGUCCGGAGCCCCGCCCUCUAAGAAGCCCCGCUCGGCCGUGACGCCGUCCCCCGCGCCCAUACAGCCACCACCAUCCCUCCGUGAUGUGUCGUACGCGGACGCGGCCAAGCUCGCCACCGCGCACGACUACAAGUUCUUUGACAAGGCGCGCAAGGAGCUGCGUCCUCAACACGUGUACGACAACUUUCUGAGAUGCCUGAUGCUUUUCACCAACGAGAUCAUAUCGUCAUCAGAAUUGCUCUGCGUCACCUCACCGUUCCUCUGCCGCCAUCCGGAACUGCAGAAAUGGCUUCAGGACUUCGUGGGACCCGUGUCGCCCCCUCACACGCCUACCAACACACACCCUGGUUACAACAGUUUCGUCAGCACAGUCGGUGCUGCCCCGGUGCUCAGCACGGAACGGUCCCGGCUAGGCACCGGUGCGAGCACGGUCGGCACCGGGGAAGCGAGAUAUGAGCCUUUGCCGCCGAUGGCCGCUCAGUUGCGCUACGAUCGCCCGACCGGCGACACCGCUAUGGAUAUAGAUUUGACAACAUGCAAGCGGCUUGGUACAUCAUACUGCGCUUUGCCUCGCGACGCGGCUGCAAGACGCUGUUCCGGACGAACGCCGCUUUGCAAGGAGGUUUUGAACGACACUUGGGUGUCAAUACCUACUUGGAGUGAAGAUUCAACCUUCGUGACGUCACGGAAGACUCAAUACGAAGAGUAUAUCUAUCGAUGUGAAGAUGAAAGAUUUGAGCUGGACGUGGUUAUAGAAACCAACGCAGCAACCAUACGCGUGUUAGAGGGCGUACAGAAGAAGCUCUCGCGUAUGACGGCCGAGGACGCGGCCAAGUAUCGCCUCGACGAAUGUCUCGGCGGCCACUCGCCCACCAUCCACCAGAGGGCGCUGCGCCGCAUCUACGGCGACAAGGUGGCGGUGGACAUCAUAGCGGGACUGAAGAAAAACCCAGUGGUGGCCGUUCCCGUUGUGCUGAGGAGGUUGAAGGCUAAAGAGGAGGAAUGGAGGGAGGCCCAGAAGGGUUUCAACAAGCAAUGGCGCGAGCAGAACGAGAAGUACUACCUGAAAUCGCUCGACCACCAGGGCAUCAACUUCAAGCAGAACGACCUGAAGGCGCUUCGCUCCAAGUGCCUGUUCAAUGAAGUCGAGAGCGCCUACGCCGCCCGGCGCCCCGGCCCACACCUCGUGGCCGACUAUGGACUCAGGACCAGGCAUGAAGCGAUCAAAAUCGUCCGCGACGCGGCUGAACUUCUAAUCCACCACGCGCGGCGACAGACCGGCAUACAGAAGGCAGAGAAGAGGAGAAUCAAACAACUACUACGUCACUUCCUACCGGAUCUCUUCGCGCAUCCCAGGCAACCGCUAUCCGAUGACGAGAGAGACGAAGAAGAGAAGGAAGAGCCAACAAGUCCGGGCAGCCCGAGCGCUGACCAGCCGGCCGAGGACAAAAGCUCCGUCAAACAGGAGAAACAAGAGUCAUCGGAAUCCGACAACGCGUCGGACAAGAGCAGUCGGAACAACAAGAACGACAAGGAAAACAAACCCAAAAACAACAACAACACUGACAGCAAAGAGAGCGCCAACUCAAUAAAGCGCAGCAGCAGUAACGAGGACUCGGUCAGCAUAAAGCUGGAAGCCAGAAGUGAGCAGGACCUGGAGGAGGACUACAGAGACCAUCCGCCCAAUGAAGCCCGCUUCGUAUGCACAGACUCAUGGUACUUGUUCCUGAGGCUGCACGCGAUCCUUUGCCAGAGGUUGGGUGCGGCGAGACGCGCGGCGCUCGCCCUCGCGCGUGCUGAGGCCUGCGACAAGCAGCGCCCCGCCAGUGUUGCCGCGGCCUUACGACUCAAGCCCAACAAUCUGCCAGCGGACGCGUCGUCGCCAGCGGAAUACUACAAUGCACUACUAGAGCUAGUAAAGGGAGUACUAGAUGGAAACGUGGAAGCCAAUGCGUACGAGGACGCGGCGCGAGAGAUGCUGGGCAUCAAGGCGUAUCCAGCGUAUACCCUCGACAAACUAGUCUCCAUCGCUGUCAGACAGUUACAACGUUGUGUGUCGGAGAGCUGGUCCGUAAGAGCAGCGGAAAUGGCCGCCAGAGGGGGCAUGAGAGGACCGGCGUCUUAUGUGAGACGGGCUUUGAGGGCGCUUAGUCACUACACGACGUUCCUCGUCAAACUGUAUGGCGGUGAUGAAGUGAAGACAACGUUUGAACUACUAGAAGCGGCGGCAGAAGGAAGGACGUCGCCGCACAAUGACUCGAGAUUAUCUCCCACCAACCAGUCGCGGACGCGCGAAACGAACGGCGAGACAGUGUCGCGGCUGGCGGCGUGGUCGCUAUACACGGAGCAGUACACCCGCCCCGACGUGACGCAGCCGCCGCCGCGCAACAAGCCCGUGUUCCUGCGCCGCAACGUGCGCCGCGCGGGCGCCGUCGCGGGCGCCAGCACCGCCACCACCACCGCCGACAGCGCGCCCAUCGCGCGCCGGAGGAAGCCGCCCCGGCUGCACGACCACUCGGAGUGUACCCUCGCCAACAGCAUACGAUUAGUCGCGUGCCGUCCCCAACAGCUGUACAGGCCGGGUUGCCUCGCGAGCGCGCGCGCCUCGCACCCGCGCCUCUCCGCCGCGAGGGAGUCUCGCUUCCGCGCCUGGCUCGCGCGCAGCCCGCACCGCAUCUAGCCGCCACCGAAGCACCCCGCCGGGGCUUCACUGUGCUAAGACUACGCUAACAGAACGCCCAAAAUGCGUCAAGUGAUGGCCAAAAUACAACAUUCAAGCGAGAUUCCGCUCUUGAAUCGUAUGUUGCGAAAUACGGCCAAAUUGCGUGAAAAUUGGCUAAAAUAUCGGCCAAUACAUGCACAAAGACCCCAAUGCAGCGUUCAUGUGAGAACCCGCGCCUGACUCUGGCGGUGCCCGCACUGCACCCAGCCAUCUCGCCGGCUAAGUCAAAAAUUGGCCAAAACGCGUAAAGACAUGGCCAAAAUGCGUGAAAGUGGCCAAAAUACGUGCACAAAAGCUAAAAUGCGACAUUAAUGUGUUGUAAAUUGGUCAAAGUCAGAAAGCGUGCAAAAACGAUCAGAAUGCUCUGCUACUAAAAGAUUUUGAAAAAUACCAUGAGGUGAAAUCCAUGCAAAUACCAAAAUAAGGUAUAUUAUGUCAAUUCCCCAAGAAAUAUUGUAAAGUCUGAGAUUUCUAUAGUAAAAAAUAGAUUUUUCCUUCCUUGACAUGUCUCGCCUUAUGGUAAAUGUGGCAGUCUAAGAUGGAAAUGUGUUGAAAAUGCGAAUUUUACAGCUUUUUAUAUACUUGUGCGACUGUUUUAUUUUAAUUUCUUUAAUAAACGAAUAAAAUACACUAGAAAAUAAAAUCAAAAUAGUUUUUCAAAGAAGAAAUUCGAGUUGAAUGAUUUUAUUUUAGGUUCUUAUGAACCCAUUUUGAUUUGUGAAAGUUUUGUCUGUAUUGAUCUAGUGGUUUUGCUAUCUUAAUAUACAAUUUGUAAUUUAAAAAAAAAUUAAAAGAUGACUAUAAAAAAAAAUCAUAUUUGAAAAUGGCGCCAUACAGACGCCAUAUUAAUUUUUUUUUUUU